AUGGCCCCCGUACUCAAGAGCUUGGACAUGGACGUCGCAUGCUAUGGAAGUCACGACUUUGAUUUUGACGAGCCACACCUCUUGGAGCUGACCGAGCAGACAGCCUUUACUUGGACUCUGGCGAAUGUCGUCUCACGUCACGCUUCAGCUCCAGGUCAUCUCCUCGCUGCCGCUCAUGAAUACGCCGUGAAGUCAGUUGCCGGCUGCUGGGUUGGAUUCUUCGGCUUGGCUGGAACAGGCGAGGGGAGUAUGGGUUCCGAUUCGGCGCAUUCUGCUUCUGAUGAUGUCGAGGCCGAAGUAAGCACCUUUGACGGUAAUGUUCGAAUCAUCAAGAGCAGUACCGACUGGUGCGGCCUUUCCAUCCUCCAACUGCGUCUCGGACGAGCAGGAAAUGAUGGGGCAGAAAUUCCUGCCGUGUCCUGUGCAAAGCAAAUCUCUGAUCUGGAACAGUUGCCCGACUAUAUGCAAAUCCUCCCGUUACCAAAAGUCCUCGAUAUUCUCACCGUCGUCCAUGCCAAAAUCGAAAUCGAGGUAGCGCAACCCCUGCUGCGCACCGACAUUCCGCUCGAAGGUCAACCAAUAUAA